AUGCAUCUGGUAAAUUUUUUAAUUUUGGUGCAAAUUCUUUCGUGUUGUUGUCUUCCAGAAUAUCCUGAUCUAACUUAUCACAUAUUAUUUACUAAAGGAGUUGAAGCAUAUCAUGGAAAGGAAUGGUAUCGAUGUAUAUCAUUUUUAAAAAGAUCUAUCGAAGAUUUUAAAUUUUUUCACAAUACACUAAUCAAAUGUUAUAGAAAUUGUUUAUCUAUUGAUCAUAAGGCCAAUGUUGAAUUUCCCAACUUUGUGUUUUCUGCAGAAACUGAUGAAUACGAUUAUUUUCACCGACAUAUAAAUAAUACUCUAUGCUUAAUUAAAUGUCGAAAUAAAGAAUUUUCCUUUCGACCACUAAAUUUGCGAGAAACUAUUGAUGAUGCCUUUGAAAACUUUUUGCCAUAUGAUUAUUUACAAUACUGCUUCUAUAAAAUUGAUGAUAUUGAAAAUGCUAUAGCGCAUGCUUAUACCUAUUAUCUUUAUAAUCCUGAUAAUGAUGUUAUGAAAAAUAAUCUUAAGCUUUAUCAAAAUUUUACACAUUCUAAAGGUAGCUUUAAAAAUUUGGAAUUAGAAUACCAUCAUGAAUUUUAUAUGAAUGGAAUUCAAUCAUAUUUAUCAGAAAAUUGGUUUGAAGCUAUCGAUUAUUUUGAAGAGGCCUUAACACAGUAUUACAAAAAGGAUAAUGAAUGCCGAUUGCUUUGCCAUGGCCCUUACAAAAAAAUAUUUAAUUACGAUUUUAUUACCACUAUAUCAAAUAUUUAUGCCCUUCGGUUGAAAUGCAAUAGAAAUUGUAUUCGCAAAUUGAAUACAAUACCUGGAGAAAGGUCCGACGAUACCACGUAUUCGGAUAUAGACACGAAAUACCUGUUUCUAGAUGACUAUCUGAGAAGUCAUUACCAUUAUUUACAAUUCGCUUACUUCAAAACCGAAAAUUGGGAAUCCGCUGCUAAAAAUGUCGCCACUUAUUUUGUAUUCGACCCCUUCGACGAUGAUAUGAUGAAUAAUAAAAGAUUUUAUUUGUCCAGGGGAUUCGUUAAUCAAACGCAUUUUACGCCUCGACAGGAAGCCAUACUAUAUCACAAUAGGCAUUAUAAAGAAGCGUUAAUAUUAAACUUUAUAGAAGAAAACUUUAAUUCCCAAAUUAUAAAACGUCCUCAAAAAAAAUCGGAUUCUCCUGCCAUCGAUCACGUUUUAAAUAGUGUCGUUGAAAUUCCUGUCAGAGAAAAACGACAUUUAUGGAUAUCAUCCACUAAACAUCAAUGCACAGCGAAAAUAUACAAUAAAUUUUAUUUUUAAAGAUAAUAUAACAAAAUUUUAUAAAUGAUCGUGCAAUAUUUAUCAUAUUUAUACUAAUUAUGCAAUCAAUGUAUAUAUUUUUAUAAACUUUUAAUAUUUAAUUUUGUUUUUAAAUAACUAGUCUAUUU